GACCAUGGACUGUGCAUUCGUGCACUUGCUGGGUUCACAGAAGCAUGUCAGCGAAAUCCCUUCUCUAAUACCUUGUUCUUCUUUAUCAUUGAACUUCUUGUGCUCUUCCUUCUCUCUGUCCACAUACCGAAAACGCUACAAAAAAGAGUUGGGGAUAACUAGUGUUUGGAGGCCUCCGAAUUCUCAGCUACAGCCUGAACCUGAACGUAGAAAGCCCGAGUCCGAGGAGACGAAUGAAAUCAAUCAACAACCGUCAGAACUGAUCAAUUCCGCAAUAAUAUCGUCUUGCUUGGUGGGUGUUCUCACAGGUAUCGGUGUGGUGCUCUUUAACAACGCCGUCCAUGAUAUACGCGACUUCUUCUGGGAUGGGAUUCCCUAUCGAGGUGCCUCCUGGCUGAGAGAGGAGCCCAUCCGGGCCGUGUGGGCUCGAGUAAUUUUGGUGCCCGCUUGUGGCGGCUUCAUUGUAGGCUUGUUGAAUUUGCUUCGAGAAUAUCCGUCCCUUCCCGAUGGUUACAUGAAGCCUGCACUUGGACCCUUUUUGAAGGCGUUGGCCGCCUGUGUCACUCUCGGCACUGGUAACUCAUUGGGGCCGGAAGGACCUAGUGUCGAGAUUGGCACAUCCAUUGCCAAGGGAAUUGGCUCUUUGUUUGAUAAAAGUUCUCAAAGAAAGCUGUCCCUCUUGGCCGCAGGCUCUGCUGCUGGAAUCUCUUCUGGAUUCAAUGCCGCUGUUGCUGGCUGUUUUUUUGCUGUGGAGUCAGUCUUAUGGCCAGCACCAUCAGAUUCAGCCCUGUCACUUACCAAUACAACCUCUAUGGUUAUACUCUCUGCUGUAAUAGCUUCUGUAGUGUCAGAAGCCGGUCUUGGUUCGGAACCAGCCUUCAAGGUCCCAGAUUAUGAUUUCCGCUCUCCUAGUGAACUCCCACUGUACUUGCUGCUGGGUAUUGUAUGCGGCUUGGUGUCAUUGACCUUAUCUAGAAGCACAUCAUACAUGUUGGUAAUUGUUGAGAAUCUUCAGAAGGUCCUCAGGAUACCAAAAGCUGCAGUGCCUGUGUUGGGUGGCCUAGCUGUUGGAACAAUAGCAUUAGCAUAUCCUGAAAUCCUUUACUGGGGAUUUGAGAACGUUGACAUCUUGUUGGAAUCUCGACCGUUCGUGAAAGGCCUCUCCGCUGAGCUAUUGCUCCAGCUGGUGGCUGUCAAGAUUUUUGCAACUUCUCUGUCCCGUGCUUCUGGCUUAGUAGGAGGCUACUAUGCCCCUUCUCUUUUUAUUGGCGCUGCAACGGGAAUGGCAUAUGGGAAAAUUAUUAGUUUUGCAGUCUCUCAGUCAUAUCCAACAUUUGAUCUUUCCAUCUUGGAAGUGGCGUCGCCCCAAGCAUAUGGCCUGGUUGGAAUGGCUGCUACCCUUGCUGGAGUGUGUCAGGUACCUCUUACUGCAGUUCUGCUGUUGUUUGAACUGACACAGGACUAUCGGAUUGUUUUACCACUACUUGGAGCUGUGGGGUUUUCCUCUUUGAUUACAUCUGGGCAAACAACACGAAAGGAUGUCAAAGAGAUUGGAAAACUUAAAGAAAAUCAGAAUUAUUUGACGCAGCAACUAUCUUCGGGUUUUUCUGUUUCCAAAGAGGCACCUUACUCGACCAACCUUUGCGAAAUUGAAUGCUCACUGUGCAUGGAUGAUUCUAGUAGUUGUCAAAUAUCAAUUGGGAAGAAAAUUCUUGUUUCAGAAGCCAUGAGAACAAGAUAUGUCACCGUUCUGAUGUCCUCUUCACUUACGGAAGCAGUGAAUCUUAUGCUAGUUGAGAAGCAGUCUUGUGCAAUGAUUGUUGAUGAUGACAAUUUUUUGAUUGGUUUGCUGACGCUUACUGAUAUUAGAGAAUUCAGUACAGUUGCAAAAGCCAAACGCGGUAAACUCAAGGAUAUUUUAGUAUCUGAAAUGUGUUCAUCAAAUGGUGAAAGAUGUCAAGUAUCAUGGACUGCCAUACCAAAUAUGGACCUUCUUUCUGCUCAAAUGAUCAUGGACAGGCUUGGCAUGAGCCAAGUUCCGGUUGUUUUGGAGCAUGCUGAAGUCCACAAAAGGCAUCUAGUUGGCCUUUUAGACAGAGAAUGUAUAACUGUUACACGCAAUGCUCUAGAAACUAGAGAAUCCCUAAAGUAACAUUUCCAUGUGAAGGCCAUGGCUAUGAUCGACGAUGAAGAGAUGCUUCAUAUAAUGUCUGCUGAAACAAUCAAAGAGAACGUCACACGGACUGGUAGAUAUUUUUCUACUUUUAGUGGUGCUAGGCAACUGAAACACUAUGCAGGCACCUGGCUGACAUCUACCCGGGAUGACCUCACUCUUGAAGGUAUUGGCUCCAUGUUGUGUCACUCAUCAAAAGUGCUGAGAUGUCGAGCAUGGUGGGCUGUAGAGCACAGGAAAGGAAAAUGUGUUCUCCUGUAAAGAAACUGAUAUAAGGAUCUAAGGUGAAAGGCAUGUCAGGACAUUUUAAAUCUUUUUGUUUGGAAGAACUCGUCGAAAGAUAUUCUGACGGUUGAUUCCAUGAAAAUUAACAAAAAAUAUCUAACUCUCGGAUUUUAUUAAUUUUGAAAGGGCCUCCUUUAACUGGCA